AUCAAAAUGGAAGCACAAAUGUUAUAUACAUCUCUUGCUUUCAUCUUUGCCAUAAUAUUCAUAGGCCUUCACAAACUUGGUUCUCAAUCACAUAAGAAUCAGCUGCCACCAAGUCUGCCAGGCCGCCUUCCCAUACUAGGCCACUUCCAUCUCAUGAAAAAUCUCCUCCAUAGAACACUACAUGAAUACUCCAAGAAACUGGGACCUAUUUACUCCCUCCACUUCGGUGGCCGCCUUGUGGUGGUGGUUUCAUCCUCCUCAUUGGUGGAAGAAUGUGUCUCCAAGAAUGACAUCAUCUUUGCGAACCGCCCUCCGGUUUCGGUGGACCGCAAAUCGCUAGGGUUCAGUAGCACAAGUGUGAUUGGAGCGCCCUACGGUGACCAUUGGCGCAACUUGCGCAAGUUGUGCGAUCUUGAAAUCUUUUCCCCUACUCGUCUCGCGUCGUUCCUCUGGAUCAGACGAGACGAGAGGGAUCGCAUGAUCUCUAGUCUUUAUAACAUCUCAUCCGCGGGUGUUUUUGCCAAGGUGAACGUGGAAAACAAGAUUGUGGAGAUGACAUUCAAUAACAUAAUGAGAAUGGUGGCCGGAAAGAGAUACUAUGGGGCGGAAAUGGAGGACGACGAGGAGGCGAAGACGUUCCGAGAGCUAACGAAGGAGGCGUUGGAGCUGACAAGUGCUUCUAAUCCCGGUGAGAUAUUUCCGAUGUUGAGAUGGAUUGGGUGCAAUGGGCUGGAGAAGAAGCUGGCCAUCCACUCCACCAAAACGGACGAGUUCAUGCAUGCCCUGCUUAACAAGCAGCGGCAGCAAAGCAAAGUUGCAGAGCGGCAGAACACCAUGGUUGACCGUUUGCUAGCUUUGCAGGAAUCUCAACCUCAAUAUUACACAGAUGAAAUCAUUACUGGCCUCAUAGUUGCCGUGAUAAUUGCAGGGACAGAUGCAUCAGUGGUGGCCACAGAAUGGGUAAUGACACUCUUACUAAACCAUCCAGAGGUCCUAAGCAAGGCCAGGGAAGAAGUGGACCUUCACGUAGGGCACAACCGGAUGGUAGAAGAAGAGGACUUACCCAAACUCCGUUACCUCCACCACGUUAUUCUCGAGACUCUAAGGCUGUUCCCGCCAGUCCCAAUGCUGGUCCCACACGUGCCGUCACAGGACGUCAAAGUUGGAGGGUACACUGUUCCUAAGGGCACCAUGGUUUUGGUCAACGCAUGGGCGGUCCACAGGGACCCUGAGGUGUGGGGCGAGGACUCUCUCAGCUUCAAGCCGGAAAGGUUCGAAAAGAUAACGGCGGCGGACGAUGUGGAGACCCACAGAUUGCUGCCGUUUGGGAAGGGGAGAAGGGCGUGCCCUGGGGCUGGGCUGGCGCAGAAGUUUGUGGGGUUGACCGUAGCGUCGUUGAUACAGUGCUUUGACUGGGAGAGGCCGACCGCGGAUAAAAUAGACCUUUCUGAAUCUUCUGGGACCACCUUGCCUAAGGCCAUCCCCCUUGAAGCUCUUUGCAGACCAAGACCAGUCAUGAAAAACGUUCUUCAACUUGUCUGAUCGAUUCAAAGCAUUUAUAUUUUUUUUCAAUGUAACGCAAUUUUCACAUGUGACGAUAAUAAAGGAAAACGGUGUUUUCUAUAGAAUAAUGCAAUGAUUUUAAUUGGAUUAUAACUUGUUGAUCCCGAAAUUGAAGCAUAACUUCUGUUUUUUAAUAGUUGCAACGUUGUGACUCUUUGACUA